CAAGCCUCGAGCACCACCAUCACCCUUGAGAUGCGAGAGUGCGGCCGGUGACGCUGCAAACCCGGCGGAACUCGUAUCCAGCGGCCUGGGAAUAGGGUCUCCGGCUUGAGCGCCUCUGUUCCACCUUGUCCUCGCCCAUUUCUGACGCCAUGGACUCGGACCGGGGCCCCACCGCCGCAGAAGCUCCGCGCGCGCCGUCGACCUCAACCGUGCCGCAGCCUGUUUCGGCUCCCUUCGCGCCCGUUGGUGACUUAACCCGACAGAAGUCGCUGAAGCGUGCGCGAGAGACGACACCCACCUCACAAGAUUCGCUGGUUCCCGGUGGCGACAUAUCGCCGUCCAAGAUUGCCCGUCUGGUCGGGUUUGCGCGGCACUCGCAUCAGCCCUCGACCGAUGGGGCUGUCGGAGACGGAGCGAGCGGUAAAGACGAAUUGCAGCAACAGCAACAGCAGCAGCAGCAGCCGCCGCAGCAGCAACAGGAACAGCUGCUGCCCGAGCUGGAACACAGUGAACACCAAGUAUCGGCCCAAAAGGCCCUUGACGACCUGAUGUCGGGCGUCGCCGCAGACGUGAACCAACCCCGAGAUGCGCCGUCAGACACGGGACAAUCGGAAGCCGAGGCCGCUGCCGCUGCCGCAGCGAGAGCUCUCAGCUCCGUUCACAUCCCUACGGAACACGUCGCUGCCGAUGAUCUGCAGGAUGUUAGUCCGCAGAGCGGCACAAGCGCUGCGAGCCUAGAAGACGGAGAACGACAAGGGGCUGACAGUCCCAAUGCCAUGGAUGUUGACCCGCACAAUGGUGAAAAUGCGUACGGGCAGCAGCCCGAGGCGCAGAUGGAAGACAAGACGGCGACUUCCCUCUCGUACCCAGGAACCAUGCCGGCGCCGGGGCCUCCCCAGCGGAUGAUGAGCAUGCCGAUACCGAACCCACAGACACCAACCGUCGAUCUCCCACCUAGUUCGCCCAGCUCGAACAAAAAACACAAGUGCCCGUACUGCGAAACCGAGUUCACGCGCCAUCAUAACCUCAAGAGCCACCUUCUCACGCAUAGCCAGGAGAAGCCCUACGUGUGCCAGUCGUGCCAGAUGCGCUUCCGCCGGCUUCACGACUUGAAGCGCCACAGCAAGCUGCAUACGGGUGAGAAGCCGCACGUGUGCCCGAGCUGCGAUAGGAAAUUUGCCCGCGGCGAUGCGCUGGCGAGACACAGUAAAGGAGCGGGCGGCUGCGCAGGCAGAAGACAGACCAUGGGCUCCUUCUCCCUCAAGGACGGCUACGACGGGGCCAAUGCUGCGGCGGACAGCUCUGCCAUGUCGGCUGAGCUGUACGAGGGCGGCGUUGGAUCCGACAUGUCGGAAGAAGAGCGGCGGCGGUUGAGCAUGCCGAGCAUCAAGACGCAGCAUGUCGGUGGGCAAGCCGGGGCGGAAGGCUACAUGGCGGGCCAUUCAAACACGUACCCGCCAGCUGGUGCUCGGCCCGGUGCCUCCGGCGGCUUGUACCCGCCUAACGUCGACCGCGGAGCAUCAAGCUCGAACACGUCGCCGAGUGUCCCCAGCAGCCACACACCACACACAAGCAUAUCGUCGAUACCGCUGAGCGCGGGCAGCUCGUCCAUGUACUCGCAGAGCGGCAUGACGGAGAGCCCGAAGCCGCUGAGUCCGGGCGCAGCUUCGGCGAACGCAGCAGGUCAGCCGCGGCCGGCAAACGAGCAGCAGCAAGGCGCUGCCGGGGCAGCUCUACCUUCGCAUGGCAACGCCGCGCCAGGUCAGCCAGCGGCGACGCGCGGCCGCGGCGGUGCAGCAAGCGGCGGUGCUCCGCCCCAGGGCCCGGAGAACAACGGCGUUACAGAACCGGGCCCGGCUCUGUGGGCCUACUUUCAACAUCUGGAAGGGGCGGUCAACAGGCUCACGAGUCAGGUGGAAGCCGAUGCGAGAAGCAGGGCUCAACUGGUUGAGAAGCUCGAGGCGCACGACCAGCACAUCGCCGCGCUGGCGGCCGAGGUUGCGGCAUUGCGGCAGCAGCUCGCCGGUCCACAGCAGGAGGAUUCUCCAGCUGAUUCGGGCGUCGCUCAGCCGUAGGGCUGGUGAGUGUGCGACUUGGGAGGAGAUUACCGCCGCGGGGAGGAAAGGGCCGGCGCCAAGGGGAGCGGGUUCGGAAUUUGCGGUGGCCUGCCUCCAUCUGAGGGCGUCCUUUUGUUUUUCGGGCCCCGUUGU